AUGGAGUCUCGCAGUGAUCACCGUGCUUUCCGCUUGCUGGCCGGAGCCGUUGUGCUUCUGUGCCUGUGCGCCGCCGCCAGUGGGCUGAGCUGCGACUUCUACGACGACAGCUGCCCCGACCUGGACAGCAUCGUCCAGGCGCGUGUGUCCGCCGCCAUGAAGGCGGAGGCCAGGAUGGGGGCAUCGCUGCUCAGGCUCCACUUCCACGACUGCUUCGUCAACGGCUGUGACGGGUCGAUCCUGCUGGACGGUCCCAACAGCGAGAAGCUGGCGCUGCCGAACCUCAACUCGGUGAGGGGGUACGAGGUCAUCGACGCCAUCAAGGCCGACCUCGAGAAGGCCUGCCCAGGGGUCGUCUCCUGCGCCGACGUCGUCGCCUACGCGGCUAAAUACGGCGUGCUCCUUAGUGGAGGACCUGACUACGACGUCCGUCUGGGAAGAAAGGACGGCCUGGUGGCGAACCAGAGCGGAGCCAACAACAACCUGCCGUCGCCGUUCGACUCCAUCAGCGUGAUCACGCAGAGGUUCAAGGACGUCGGUCUGAACACGAAGGACGUGGUCGUGCUAUCAGGCGCCCACACGAUCGGGCGGUCCCGGUGCGUGCUCUUCAGCAGCCGACUGGCCAACUUCUCGGCGACCAACUCGGUGGACCCGACGCUGGACUCGUCGCUGGCGUCCAGCCUGCAGCAGCUCUGCCGCGGCGGCGACGGCAACCAGACCGCCGCGCUCGACGCCGGCUCCGCCGACGCCUUCGACAACCACUACUUCCAGAACCUGCUCGCCAAGAAGGGCCUCCUCUCCUCCGACCAGGGCCUCUUCUCCAGCCCCGACGGCGUCAACGCCACCAAGGCCCUCGUGCAGGCGUACAGCACCAACAGCCAGCGCUUCCUCUGCGACUUCGGCGACUCCAUGAUCAAGAUGGGCAACAUACCCCCGCUCAACGCCUCCGCCGGCCAGAUCCGCAAGAAGUGCAGCGCCGUCAACUGAUCAUGCAUGCAUGCAGCAGCUGCGUUCUGCCGGCAUCACCAAUAAUUCACCACUGCAUCUAGCUACAGAUUUUGCUUCCGCAUGAACCCGGCCAGUCGUGAACGUCGCACUGUCAAGAGCCAUGUCGUGCGUUUGGAUGUGUGUACGUUCGUGUGAGAUUGUCCUCUUGUGUUGUGUACUGCUUAGUUUCGUUUGGUUCAA